AUGCUGAUUUGGUCUGCACUUCUAGCUGCCGCUCUCGUCAGUGGUAUCAGCGUCGAUGAAACUGACGACAGCAUCGUCGUUGAUGUCGGGGGCGAUGACGGGUUUAUUGUGACCAUCGACAGUAGCGGCUCAAUCUCCUCGCUCCAGUAUCGUGAUGCAGAGUACCAAUACUCAGGGACACUCAGCCAUAUUGCGUCCGGCCUAGGGAGUGAGGCCUCCGUGUCGUAUACUGCGCAAGGGGACUAUGUCAUCGUCUCAGCCACCAUUGACAGCGACAGCUUCGAUCUCACCCACUACUAUGUCUUUGAGGACCAGCGCAGCGCUAUCUACAUGGGCACAAAUGCCGUGUCUGAGCCUUCUGUAGGCGAACUGCGCUACAUCGCUCGCCUGGUUGAUCUCCCGGAGGCGUACAAGGAGGGUGAGGUGUCUGACAUCACUGGUGGGGAGAUUAUCGAGGGCAGCGAUGUGUUCCUCGUCGAUGGUGAGACUAGAAGCAAGUUCUACUCGUCUCAGCGCUUCAUCGACGACGAUGUCUACUGCGCAUACAGGUCCGACAGCUCCGUACACGCGUGCUUCCUCUCCGACACCCGGUCUCGCGAAAAGUCUUCUGGCGGUCCCUUCUCCAGGGACAUCGACCUGAAUCUGGGCAGCGACUACCACUCCGUCACCUUUUACAUGAACUCCGGCCACGUACAGACAGAAUCCUAUCGGACAGGCUUCUUCGGGCCGUAUAUUCUCUCCUUUACCGGUUCCUUGAUUCCUUCCUGGGAUGACUUUGACGUCUCAUUCUUCGACGGCCUCGACCUUGACGGCUAUAUCGGUUCCUCAGAGCGCGGCUACAUCACCGGUUCGGUCGACGGGACAUCCUCUUCGCACCCGGCGAUUGUGCAUUGGUACAAUGACGACUACCAGUCCUGGGCCAACGCCUCGGAUGGUUCCUUUACCUCCCCCGCGCUCAUCCAAGGCUCGUAUACAAUGGCCCUCUACCAAGACGAGCUCCUCGCCGCCACGACCACCGUCUCCAUCACAGCAGGGGCAACAGCGACAGCGUCCCUCAGCGCAACAAACGAAAUCAUCACCGGAGCCCGAACAACAAUCUUCCAGAUCGGCGAAUACGACGGAACCCCCUCGGGCCUCCGCAAUGCCGCAAACCAACUCCGCAUGCACCCGUCCGACGACCGCAUGGACGACUGGAACCCGACGCCGUUUGUCGUGGGCGAGUCGGACGAUUCCGACUUCCCCAUGGCCAUCUUCGCGGACGUAAACAAUAAUUUCGAAAUCCAAUUCUCGCUCCACGAGAUUCCCGAUACCGAGCAAGUGACCUUCCGCAUCGCGACGACGCUUGCCUUUUCCGGGGGGCGGCCACAGGUUACGCUUAAUCAGGCGGAGAGUGAUGUGCCUUCGGCGCCGAGCAAAAUUGAUUCGAGGGGGGUCACGAGGGGUGCGUAUAGGGGGUAUGGAGAGGUGUAUACGUACUCGUUUGGUGUGGAUGAGCUGAUUACUGGGGACAAUUCGAUCUAUAUCUCCGUGGUGUCGGGGAAUGACGGGGAGGAGUUUUUGAGUCCGAAUUUUAUUGUUGACGCUGUUGAGCUCUAUUACUGA